GUGUCUUUAGGUUCCGUUGUUCAGUUUGAGAAGGGAAAUUUCUCCUUGUCAGCAGAAACGGAAGAAAAGCUUUUUCCGGAGAAAAAUGAACAUCUGCUGCAGUGGGCCCAGAAGGAAUACGGAGCAGUAACGUCUUUCUCUGAACUCAAAAUAUCAAGAAACAUCUAUAUUAAAGUAGGAGAAGAUCAAGUUUUUCCUCCCUCGUGCAACAUAAAAAAGAAUUUUCUCUCUUUAAAUUACCUUGCGGGAUACCUGCAACCAAAAACAGCGGAGGGCUGCCUUAUGUCUGACUUAGUCCAAGAGAGAGAAGUUCAUAUCAUUGAACUAAUCACUCCGAAUUCCAACCCAUACAGUGUUUUCCAGGUGGAUAUAAUUGUGGACAUUAAACCAUCUCAACCCGGCGCCAAGCUUGUGAGAGAUGUCGUGCUUAUCCUCAAGUGUAAGAAGUCUGUCAACUGGGUUAUCAAGUCGCAUGAUGUGCAGGGGAAGCUGGAAGUGAUUACGUCAAAUAGCGUUGGUUUUGGAAAGGAAACGGAACGAUCCAUGACUAUGAGUAAAUCAGUAAUACCUGAUAUUCCCUCAUCGCAUGAGAGUUUGAUCAAGUGGGCUUACGAGCAUAACUACAGUCCAGUCACUUCCUACACAAAAGCUCCUGUUGCUAACAGGUUUCAUCUGCAACUUGAAGAUACAGAAGAGAUGAAUGAUGAAGAAGACCAUUCCCUUCCUCCGGAGCUGACAGAAUUGCUGGGUGCUAACCCACUGCCUGCCCCAAAGAAUCCUGCAUUAAGUGAUGGCCUGGCUUUUCCUUUUCACAUCAACAGAGGAAGACACGACACAGUGGGAGAAGGAAUCUUCCCAUCCAGGGAUUCGGUGGAUACCUUAAUAAAUCAUGACUUUGAGCAUUCCCUCUCAAAACAUAAAGAACCCGAAGAGGUUCAGGGCAGUGCUGAAGUGGCCCUGUCAAUAAAGUGUGAUGACAAAGUCAUGACAGUAGCUGUAGAAAAAGACUCUCUUCAGGCUAGCGGCUACGCAAGGACAGAGCUCUCGCUGUUGGAUCACUCUUGCAAAGCCAGGAUGAAUGGUACCCAUUUCAUUUUGGAGUCUUCGCUGAACAAGUGUGGGACUCGGACAGCGUAUAUCUUGAACAAGAUAGUUUAUUUUAACUCGAUCGUGAUUCAGCUGUCACCACCGGCCGAAAGCAGCGGCUUCGAUGACGACGACCUGGAAUCAGGUGAUAAUGGAUUUCCAGGGGAUGCUGAUGAGGGAGAUGUCGCGUUCUCGAGCUGGCCUGAAAUAGCAUUUAAUUGCACGCUGCAGCAGCCAGAGGAUGACAGAGGCAUGUUCUGGCCUACUGAACCGCACAUCACCAACGUGACCUUCAACAUGGAGCUGUACAAAACAGAUCUGUUCCUCGCUCCCUCCCAAGGACUCUUCUCUGUUGCUGAGAAUGGCCCAAUAUACGUAGAG